GUGGAUGCGAGCUGGAUGACAGAGCCGUGCUGGGAUCAGCGUGAGGAGGAAGAGCGCACCGGGAUUAUCAGCAUCGCAUCAGGAUUAAGAUUAGGAUUAGUGUUCGGAUUCAGGAUGCUCCGCUUUCCGUCGCUGCUUGUCCUCUGGCUCGCGCACUUCAUUGACGAGCAUGGAGUUUACGCCGGGAAUUGCUGGUACGAGCAGGGGAAGAACGGCCGCUGUCAGAUGCUCUUUCGUUCGGAAAUGAGCCGGGAGGACUGCUGCAGGAGCGAGAGGCUCGGCAUGGCCUGGACCGAGGAGGACGUUCCCAGCAACACGUUAUUCCGGUGGCUGCUGAUCCACGGAGGCGCGCCAAACUGCAUACCAUGUAAAGAGACGUGUGAUAACGUGGACUGUGGUCCUGGCAAGAAAUGCAAGCUGAACCGAAGGAACAAACCGCGCUGCGUGUGCGCUCCAGACUGCUCCAAUAACACCUUCAAGGGUCCGGUGUGCGGCUCGGACGCGAUCACCUACCGCAAUGAGUGUGCUCUACGCCGAGCCAAGUGCAGGAGAUACCCCAAUCUGGUGGUCCAGUACCAGGGGAAGUGCAAGAAGACGUGUAACGAGGUGCACUGCCCGGGAAGCUCGUCCUGCGUAGUGGAUCAGAACAAUAACGCCUACUGCGUCAUCUGUGAGCGCGUGUGUCCUGAAGUGACCUCGCCCGAGCAGUACCUGUGCGGGAACGACGGCGUCGUGUACCCCAGCGCCUGCCAUCUCCGACGAGCCACGUGCAUUCUGGGAAGGUCCAUCGGGGUCGCCUAUGAGGGCAAGUGCAUAGACGCCCACUCGUGCGACGACAUCCACUGUCCAGAUGGUAAAAAGUGUCUGUGGGACACGAGGACAGGUCGUGGACGAUGCGCCGUGUGUGAGAGUGAGUGUCCUGAGAGUCACCCCGGAGAGAGCGUGUGCGCCAGCGACAACGCCACCUACCGCAGUGAGUGUGAGAUGCACCGGGCUGCGUGCUCACGAGGCCUCGUCCUCGAGGUCAAACACGCUGGCUCCUGUAACUGCGUCGACCACUGACUUGUCCUUCCCAUCGUACACGGAUCCUGACCUGCUUCGUCACGUGAACUGGGCAAUGCAUCAAUGUUUACAGAUGCGUUUUUACGGGAAGGAACAGAAUCAAUCAUUGUUAAAAAAUAAACAAAAAAAUCUACAAAAAAUUUUCUUCCCUUCUGAAGCCAUGAGCUCUGGCGCUGAUGCGUUCCUCGACAAGCAGAGAGAGGAUGAGGAUGAGGAUAGACAGAUUUUCGUGACUGUGACGUGUGAAGCGUUCCGACUCGGCUCCUGAGUCAGUAUUCAGACUGUACAGUGACACGCGCUAAUUUAUUUUCCAGGAGAAUUUGAAAAAGAAAAGAAAAAGAAAAAAAGAAGA